AUGAGGAAACGCAGAUUUGAUAGUUUCUUGGUAAAAAUUCGUGCCUUAUUUAUCCUUCAACUUCAUCUGGCUUAUGUGGUAGUUGGUACCGGGCAGUUUGUGGUGAGACUUCACUCGUACGAUAACCCUACAGGAACAGACUUCAAUGGGUCUUGCUGUGAUUCAGAUGUGUUAAGAUGUCAACUGGACAAAUGUGAUUUAAAGAUUGACAUAUGCGUAGGGAGAAAUCGUGGAGGAUUUGACUGCACAUAUGGAACAAAACAGGUUAUCCCUGAGCCAAACUACAACAACAUUUACUUCAAUGAGAGUCAGAAACUCAUAUUUCCCAUCACAACCAGUCUGAAGGAUCCCUUGUUUAUAAAAGUGAAUGUGACAGACCAGGACACAGGAGGGGCCUCAGUAUUGGUUGAUACUUUCCAUUUUGUAUUCAACACUGCUGCCUUCUAUAACUCCACAGUGAUAGAGUACCAGGAUUAUCUAUUCAAUGGAGACAGACCACAACUAAGAUCCAAGUUGAAUUUGAGCGUGUCGUCAUACUGUGACCAGAACUACUAUGGACCAGACUGUGACAUUAAUUGUGUUGCUGAGGAUUAUGGCUGUAGUGGCCAUUAUAAAUGUGGAGUCAGCGGAGAGAAGAUCUGUCAUGCCGGGUGGACAGGGAAAGACUGUGACGUGCAGAUCCCCGGGGGUGUGGGAGACUGCGGAUUUUAUAAAGAUUCCACAGAACUUUUGCCAAGCUUGUGGGGAGGUGUUUAUACCUGCCCUGAUCGACCCUCGGAGAAGAUUCAAAUGAAUGUGACCCCAAGAAAUAAAGAUGAAAUAUUAACCUCAGCUGUGUUGACUUUUGAUGGAAUCACUGUCACAGCCACUGGGAGCUAUGGUUAUAGAACACUGCUCAUACAAGGCAAACCGAAUCAAAAGAAUAUAACUGAUGUAACACUCCAUGGUAUACAGCAACCUACAAAUUUGUCCUCAAUGGCAGGAGAAUUGACAUUUAAUGGAGAUAGAACAUGUACUGUAGCCUUAAAUUUACAAAAAUCUUAUUUAAACCAGUGUGGAUCUGGAACCUGUGUGAGGUUUGGUCAACGGAAGAAUGAGUUCUACUGCUGUUGUGAUGGUAAAGAAAAACAUGUAAACGUAACCUUCGUGUAA